UCAGCUGAUCCGAGUUCGUCCUUGCCCUGUCAUAAAAAUGGCGUCGCGCACGUUAGCAUCCGCGACGGUACGAGCCGUGAAAGGAAGGAAGAUCCUCGCGACACGCGCUGCGCUUACUCUGACACCCAGCGCCGUCAACAAAAUUAAGGAUCUUUUGAAAGACAAGAAUGAAUAUAUCGGUCUCAAGGUUGGAGUAAGACAACGUGGAUGCAACGGUCUGAGUUACACCUUGGAAUAUACCAAAGAGAAGUCCAAACUCGACGAGGAGGUGGUUCAAGACGGCGUUCACUUGUUUAUAGACAGGAAGGCGCAACUGUCGCUUCUCGGAACAGAGAUGGAUUAUGUCGAGGAUAAGUUGAGCUCUGAAUUUAUAUUCAAUAAUCCAAACAUCAAAGGGACGUGCGGAUGUGGCGAGAGUUUUUCAGUAUAAUAGUGAAAUUUGGCGUGAAAGUGUUCAUUCGCCAUAGUUAAUAUCUAAUUGACACGUACCUUAGUGAAUUAAGGUACCUUUGACAACUUGUGAUAUAGCGCAGUGUAAAAGCAGUUCCCUUUCUCUCAUAGUAAACAGACCGAUUUCCUUUUAAAUACAACGUGUAGAUAGAUAUGUGUAAAAAAUAUUUUGCAAAUUAUUUUUGUGUAAUAAAAUGAAUAUUAUAUGAUAUUAAAUUUAUAUUAAUCUCAAUGUUAGAGUACUAAUUUUUUCACACAUAUCUUGUGUGUAUAUGCAAUAUUAAUAACGCAUUAAUUAUAGUCUAAUUAGUGUUAUUUUUAA